AUGCGUAGAAAUCCAUUUGGGAUGGACAUUUGCUGUCGGAAGGGAUCCAGAAGCCCACUCCAGGAGCUGUAUAAUCCCACCCAGUUGUCCAACACAGCGAUUCUUCACCAGGUCAGACGAGACCAAGUGACAGACACCUGCCGAGCAAACAGUGUCUCGAGCAGGAAACGCCGAGUGCUGACGCCCAACGAUCUCAAACAUCUGGUGGUGGAUGAAGACCAUGAAAUGAUCUAUUGUUACGUUCCCAAAGUGGCCUGCACAAACUGGAAGAGAGUCAUGAUGGUUUUGACAGGAAGAGGCAAGUACAGUGAUCCGAUGGAAAUACCAGCCAAUGAAGCCCAUGUGUCUUCAAAUUUGAAGACCCUCAACCAAUACAGCAUCCCAGAAAUCAACCACCGCUUGAAAAACUACAUGAAGUUCCUAUUUGUUCGGGAGCCUUUCGAGAGGCUGGUGUCAGCCUACAGGAACAAGUUCACCCAGAAGUACAACACUUCCUUUCACAAGAGAUACGGCACCAAAAUCGUGAGGCGUCAGAGAAAAAAUGCGACCCAGGAAGCUCUGCGGAAAGGUGAUGACGUGAAAUUUGAGGAGUUUGUGGCGUAUCUCAUCGACCCGCACACGCAAAGGGAAGAGCCCUUCAACGAGCACUGGCAGACUGUGUACUCCCUCUGCCACCCCUGCCACAUUCACUACGACCUCAUAGGAAAAUACGAAACGCUCGAGGAGGAUUCCAACUACAUCCUCCAGCUCGCGGGAGUCGGCAACUACCUGAAGUUCCCCACCUAUGCAAAGUCCACGAGAACUACUGACGAAAUGACCACAGAGUUCUUCCAGAACAUCAGCUCGGAGCACCAAACGCAGCUCUAUGAAGUCUACAAACUUGAUUUUUUAAUGUUCAAUUACUCAGUGCCAAGCUACCUGAAAUUGGAAUGAGGGAUGGGUUGGGGGAGAGAGGGGAGAGAAAGCCUGUUUUAUUUAAGAUUUUUAUUUGUCAUAAUAAAUAUGGAGAAUGGGUUAUUUUGUAAAUUAAUAUUUUCUUUUUUUUUUUUUGAAUGAUGCUGCGAGCAGCACAGUCAAAAUUAUUUAAAUCAACUGUAAGAAAGGACAGCUCUCUUUGCAGGGUAACAGCAUUGUGACGAUCUAGCUGUAGAAAUGAAUAAUUCUGCUACACUGUUUUAAAAUGUUACUUGUGUUCUGGUGACUUUCCUUGAUCUUGCAUUCCUCAAAUUCUAAUUAAUGUUAUUUAUACUUAUUUAAAACAUGGUCUCUCGGUAGGUUUCACUUUAGCAGCAUAAACAAGAUAGCGUGGACAAAAGGAAUCUGGUUUUGUACUUUCCUCAGUUGAGCUCGUCUCUAGAUAUUAAUACUCCUCCAUUAGGCUUUCAUGCUGGUAAAUGUGGGAGUGGUUCUUGAUAACCACAUCUUGAAAAAUACUGGUGGAAAUAAUUUCUUCAGAGAAUGAUAUUGCACUUAGGCAUGCUGAAAGGCUGUCUUACUAGUCCUGUGAGGAAAAAAAAUC